AUGAGGCACAAUGGAGAAUGGGUGGCGGGUGAAGAGGAAGUUGCAGAUGAGGUUAAUGAGAUACAGAUGGACAAAACGGAAGAAGUUGUUCUAGAGUCGGCUCUAGGUGAGGAAGAGGUGAUGAUUGAGGUUCGUGAAGAUGGCAAAACGAAUUUUAAGUUAUCGGAUGGUUUUAAAAAAAAGGCCUGGAAGCCAUGGAAACAAUCCCUUAUCGUAAAACUGCCGGGAAAGAAAUUGUCUAUAAGCUUUAUGAAAAGGAGGUUGGAGAAUAUGUGGGAAAGAGAUGGGAAGAUCCAUGUUACAGAUAACGAAAAUGAUUUUUUCUUGGUCCGAUUUGAAAAUAAAUCUGAUAUGGAGCAUGCUUUAACAACAUGUCCUUGGAUCAUCUUUGAUCACUAUCUUGUUGUAAGAUCAUGGGAACCUGAUUUUAAUGCUUAUCAAGCUUCCAGCAAUAAAAUCAUAGCUUGGGUCAGACUUCCAGGAUUUCCCUUAGAGUACGUUAAUUCUUCUUCGUUGAAAAGGGUAGGCGAUUGGCUUGGAAAAUUUAUCUGUUUGGAUGCUGCAACGACAAACCUAGCUAGAGGUAAGUUCGCUCGAAUUUGUUUAGAACUUGAUCUUAGUCAACCUUUAAAGGCAGAAUAUAUGAUAGAGAAUCGUUACAAGAAGGUGGAAUAUGAGGGUUUGCACCUUAUUUGCUAUACAUGUGGGAAGUACGGGCAUAGGUCUGAGAGUUGUCCUAGUAUUAUCCCAAGUUUUGCUGAUAAGGAUGCUAAAGGGGAUAAUCCAUGCAGAGAAAUUGUCCCUGUUCAAGACCAUACUAUAAUUGAUCUAAAGGAGGAGAAAUAA